AUGAAUACCAUCUCGAGUUGUUCAUCAAGAACAUGUUGGAACCCACAAAACCCCAGUGAAAAUAUUUUGGAAAAUCCAAAUCCCAAUAACCAUAACCCGAUUCACCUGCCUACAGAAAACAUACACUGGAUCACCAAUUCAGUGCAGCCCAAUAAGUCUAUGGGCUCAUCAUCCUCAAGUGGAGAAGGAAGUAGCCGUCAGAGUAGAGUUUCCCGACGAGCAAGAUCGAGAGCACCAUGGCAUGAUAUAUACCAGACAAGGGAAAGGGUUCAUUCUGGAGCUAGUAGUAAUUCAUCAUGGGGCAAACUGGAACCGAAAAAAUGUAGAUGCAUUGAGAAAAUACUAGCAGAUGGCCCAAUUAUGCCUUUCCAGAGGAAUUGCCCAGUUCAUGAAUCCUACUGGACAUCAGAUUUGUCUAUGUUAACUCCUCUUAUUCCACCACCGCCACCGCCAGCAUUUUUACAUUGGAUGUAUUAUGGGCCAGUUCUUACUUAUCAGUACUAUUCUGAAGGAUUUGUGCCAGCUGCUCCAUGGUACCCAACCCUCCACGAGAGACUUUAUUUACAAAGGCCACAAGGAAGUACAAUAGCUUCAACACUUGAUUGGGAUUGGAAUUUACUACUGCCCACACAACCGCCGAGUUUUCAAGUUCCGGAGCCAGUACCAAAUCCAGAUUUUGAAACUAGGAAUUGGCUAGAUUUCAAUCUGGAAUCACUUACUCGUGGGACAGGUAAUGCUAGCAGCUUGGGAAUAAAUCCACUUGUACAUGAACAAAGCAUUCAGAGCUUUGACUCGAUCACUACCCCAGUAGUCUCAACUACAUCAGUCAACCCACAUGAUGAAAUAUAUGAAAUUACUCAAGAAGUUGAUCACCAGCUGCAAUGGGGAAACCUAAAUGCCGAUAUCAAUCAGAUGGCUCCAUUUUCCGAAAUCGAACAUGCCAAAGAGCCUGCCCAACUCGUGCAAUUCGAUGAGGAACUCAACGCAAUAAUUUAUGAGGAUCGAGUAAAUGAUUAUAACAAUGAGGCCCUGAAAAUCUCUCUGUCUAUCCCCUCUUCAUCUUCUGGCCAUGGCCCAACAAAUUGUCAAAACACAGCAAGAAAAAGAACCAAUUAUGCUGUUGAUGGUGAGAACAACCAUAAAGAAGAGGUUGGAGGAAGCCAUUGUUCAACUAAGCCAAACGACAUUUUUGGGUUGGGGAAUGAGGGAAUAACCAAGAUGCAUUUGGAGAUGGAGACCACUUUUGCGAGCAAUGAUGAUUCAUUGUUGGAGGAAGAUGAAUUCUUGGAUUUGGUUAAUUGGCCUGACCACCAGUCGAUGGUCAAUACAGAAAGAUUUGAGUUUGAUGUGUGA